GUUUUCAUGUGACCUCACUUGGGAGGAGAUCUCUAGGUUGUUUCCAGAGACAUGGGAGAUUCCUCCAAGUCUAAUUCAUACCUUGAUUUUAUUAUUUAUUUUAAAUUUAGAUCCAGGUAUUGAUAAAAUUCAAAUGUCAGAGUACAGAGGCUUGUGGGAUUUUUCUUCUCACGUUUCACAAAGAUUUAGCAGCAUGCUGGUUUCAGAUCAAAACUCUAGAAGCCUCCAUCACCACAUUUCCUGUUUGUAACUGAACAAAGUACACACAAAAGAUUUUAAGAAACAGAAGAGAGAAAAAAACGGAGGCAUAGAUAAAGACAAGGUUUACUGCCACACUGCUUCUCACGUAAGAGCAACGUUACUUAGGAAAAAAGGUUUGGGGAAACAUUUUUAAUCCAUACAUUUGCCUAUGGCUACAUAAGGAUUUUUCUGAGAAAAGAAGCAUGUCAGAAAAUGGAUGCCAGUUUUAUGUCUGGGCAAUUCUAGCCUUCUUGGGUUUAGCUUUGACUAUAUCGCUGAUCUUCAACAUUUCGCACUAUGUGGAAAAGCAGCGCCGAGAUAAAGUAUACUUGUACUCCGAUGACUACAUUCCCAGGGAAGAUGAGUAUGAUUUUGAAGACACACCAAUUUAUGGUAACUUAGGUAACGUGAUCUCAGAACCAGUGGAUGAGAACUGCUAUGAACAAAUGAAAGCUCGACCAGAGAGAUCUGUAAACGAACCGAAAGAAGACACCCCACCUGCACAGGAAACUGAAGAAAAAUUGUGCUAUGCCUCACUAGAUCGCAGCUCUGAGGGGAAGCGCAAAAAGCCCAAGAAGCAGAAAUCUUAUUUGUCAGACAGGAAUGAAGAUGGGCAGGCACCCAGCCUUUCUAAGACCACUUUGGUGGAUGGUUUCUCACUAGAAAGCCAAACAAUAGAGGAAAACAUUCAUGAUGACCCCAUCAGGCUGUUUGGAUUGAUCCGUGCACAGAAAAAAAAUGUAAACUAGCUGGACUGUGAUCUAGCUCAAUGAUCCAGUUCUUACUGGACAUGGUUGCUAAACAAAACAAGAUCCCCAUAUGACAGCAUGAUUUGUCAGGGCGAUGAUCUGAUUGUCUGUUGGUGGGAUGGUGGCUUGCCUCUUACCCAGAGCGUACAUUCACACAUAGAAAAUGUUGUACCAUACAAAUUAGUUAUUUAAAUUAGAUAUUUGAAUUCACUUUAAAAAUACUUAUGGAGUAAAAUGUAAAUGAAAUCAAAUUUGCAAAUCGAUCCUGAUAACAAAGUCAUUUCAAAACAAUUCUUAAUACUCAAUGAAAUCAACCCCCAAAAAUGUUUUAAGCAUAAAUAUGUUUUGGAUUGUGUUGGAAGAAAAAUAAAAGUCUUUUUUUUAAACAGUUCUUUUUCACCAAUGUGAAAAACAUAAUUGAAAGAAAUUUCUGAUUGAAAUUUAAAACAUUAAAACAUUCCUAAGAGAAGAGGGAUAAUCUUCUUCUGAAGAAAAUAGUUAUCCCAGAUGGAAAUAUCUUUAUUAGUUUUAAAGCUAUUAUAAAAUUCAUGCAUGUGCCUUGUAACGAGUAUCAAAAAGCAUUUAGAUAUUCCACUAGCCAGAGAUAAUUACUGUGAUCAACUCUCUAUAAUCCUUCUAAAUAUUUUUCUGAGCAUGACCAUAUAUAUGUUCAUUACUUGUUUUUUUAAACAAAAAGGGGAAUGUUAAUUUUAUACAUAUUAUUUAAAAUUUUUAACUCAAUAUAUUGUGGACAUUUCCAUUAUUAUUUUUAACUAUAAAUACAGUUAUAAUUUUAAUGCCUGCCUAGCAGUUGAAGUACAUUUAGCUCAUUUCCAAUCUAUUUUUUUGCCUUUACAAAUAACAUUUGUAAUGCAACUGCAUUUCUGCACAUAUUUGAGUAUUGUCUGACUUCUGAGGCUAAUAAAAUCUAGGAGAAGAAUCAUUGCUUUAAAAGCUGUACAUAGCAUGAGUCUUUAUAGAGUAUAUUUCUGAAAAGUGGAACGUUUGGUCAAAAAUGUGUGUUCUGUGUAAAUUCUGAUAAGUGCGCUUAAAUUGCUCUCCAAAAAAAUAUUUUAAAAAGCUAUCUCCAUUUGGAGUAGGAAUUUAACUGGGUUUCAAAUCAUCACUGGCUAAGAAAAUUAUACAUGACAGCUAUCAGUGCUCUCUGACUGGAGCUUAGUAGAUUUUAGUCUGUCUUCAGUUGUUUGUGGAGCUGCUGCAGCAGUUUAGGUGCUAAAUUAUACAAUGAAGAGGAAAGAGAGACUCUGCACCCACUGAACUACAGUCCAGGAGAAAAGGCAAGUAUCAGGCUAACAAAGAAAAGUGUAGAAAUGUGAUUAAGAAAACAGAAGAAUGGGAGAUACUACUGGAGAGAGGGCAUCUCUGAAGAGGGAAUUUUCAUUCUGAGAAGUGAACAGUGAGAAGGAGCCACCCGCAUAAAAAGAGGAAGGAAGAGCACCUUUUGUAGAAUUCUAUCAUUCAGAAGUGUCUACUUCAGUCAAUAAUUAAUUUCCAUGAUGAGUCUGUAGAAAAUCAAAUGCUAAUAACAAAGAAAAAUAAUUUAAUUUGUCCACAAUGCCAUAGGAAAUGCAAAAAAAAUUAACAUGUAAGGGAAGAAGAAAAAAAAAAUCAGGUUACUUAUUUCACAGAAGAACCAAGAAAAACCCACAAUAAAUAAAUGAUUAAUAGUUACAUGUUGACUUUAAGUUUUUGCUUAAUUUAAAAUAAUCUUUGCUAUCAUAUGUGUUACGUUGUUACAUUUCUAUAUAUACCACGGCUCAGUUAAAAUUUGAUUUGCAUUUUUGGCAGUUAUUUUUUCCUGUAACUUUUCCACAUCAUUCACUUACCUAGUACCUAGAGAUAUUUGAAUUUUUUCCCUCUGGUUUAUAUCAUUUGAAUUUCAAAAUAUUUCAAAGUUUUAUGCACCAAUUUAUCUGAUGCCCAUUAGUCAGGAAGGUUUUUAGUUACAAAUUUAAAUUCUUUAAUAGAUAUAAAGGCCCUUCAAGUUAGCGAUUUCUUAUUGAGUGAACUUUUUAAGUUUGUGUGAUUUGAAAUGUCCCUUUCAUCUCAGUUGUUGAAUUUAUUGGCAUGAAGUUGUUCAAAAUACCCUCAUAUUCUUUGAAUAUCUGUAGAAUGUGUAGUGAUUUCACCUCUCUUUAAUACUAAUAAUUUGCUUCUUUUUCCCCAAUCUGUCUGGAUAGAGAUUUAACAACUUACUGAUUUGCUAAAGAACUAAUUAUUGUUCACAUAAUUUUAUUGUUUUGAUAUUUCUGUCCCAUUUGCCCUCUGAUCUAUAUUAUAUCCUUUAUUUUGCCUA